AUGUCUCAACGCCCGGGCACCCAUGUGCCCGCCGUGCGUGUUGAAACCGAGAAGACUCUUGGUAUCACGCAGCGCUCUGCUGCAAUCAAUUUCGCCUGGACUGGCGAUAUCCGUAAGCGAUACACGGACUUUCUGGUCAAUGAGAUUCGCAAGGAUGGCACUGUCCUUCACCUCCGCGACUUUGAAGAGGAAGUGAUUCCUCCUCAGGCUGACAACAAAACCGACAACAAGCCAAAGGUCCAGCCCAUCUCCGAGGACGAUCGGAGGGCUGUGGUCGAAUUACUCGGCGAGGCUGUCGCUCAAAAAUUGAUUGAGCUCGAUGAGCGUGUCCAAGCCAAGGAGCCGUUGGCUCCGAAUGAGCGCUUCGUAGUAUUUGACCCCGUUACCGAUAGAGCCAAGCGAGGCGCCAUCCAUCAGGAGAUUCGUCGCAUCUUCAAUUCCCGCUUCGAGACAGUUGCUAACACGGACGGUGUCAUCACCGCGACUGCCUCCAAGUGGGCGCUCAACAGCCGGGCUACCGGCCAAAAUCGGGGUGGCCGUCGAGAUAAUAACAACCGCAACCGUGACCAGGCACGUGAGUUUGCCGAGGCCGGUGGUGAAUACCUUCAUUUCACCCUCUACAAGGAGAACAAGGACACCAUGGAUGCGGUCAACACCAUUGCUCGCCUCCUCAAGAUCAAGGCUUCCAACUUUGGUUUUGCUGGCACCAAGGACCGCCGUGCCGGCACCGUCCAACGCAUCAGCGUCUAUCGACAAAAAGCGUCCAACCUCAUCUGGCUGAACUCUCGCAUUCCCAAUGUGAAGGUCGGUGACUUCUCCUACUCCAAGGAACCACUUCAGCUCGGCCAACAUGGCGGCAAUGAAUUCGUCAUCACGCUCAAGAACUGCCAGCCCCUGGCGGGUGACAAUUGCUCUCUCAUCCAGCGAAUGAAGAUGAUUCAACAGGCUGUCGAGUGUGGCCUCGCCUAUCUCAAGCACCAUGGCUACAUCAACUACUACGGUCUGCAGCGCUUUGGGACCUACACGAUCGGCACCCACAUGCUUGGCAUGAAGAUCCUCAAGGGGGACUACGAGGGCUUCAUUGAAGACAUUCUGCAUGUUGACGAGGACCUCCUCAAGGAAGUCUUGAGCAACCAACCUCAGACGUACGGAACCGGAAAGGACCAACAAAACACCCGGGAUGACCUCAAUCGUGCUCGCGGCAUCACCGCGUGGAAGACAACCAAGAAGGCUGACAAAGCUCUCGAGUUCCUCCCCAAGCGCUUCAGCUCGGAAAUCGCCAUCAUUCGCCAUCUGGGUAAGAACCCGAAGGACUUUACUGGAGCCGUUCUGAGCAUUACCCGUGGUAUGCGCAUGAUGUACGUCCACGCUUACCAGUCGUAUGUCUGGAACUUUGUCGCCACUCGCCGCUGGUCCAAGUACGGUGCCAAGGUCAUUGAGGGCGACCUGGUCUUGGUUACCGGCAGCCGUCGUCGUGACCGCUCCGACGACGACGAGUUCAACCCGUACGACGACAACGACGACGACAACAUCUACGCUCAAGCCCAUGCCCUCACGGCCGCAGAUGUCGCCAGCGGCAAGUACACCAUCUUCGACGUCGUCCUGCCCACCCCGGGCUACGACGUCUCCUAUCCUCGCAAUGAUAUUGGCGACUACUAUGUUGAGUUCAUGGGCAGGCCGGAGAACGGCUCGCUGAACCCCUUCGAUAUGCGCCGCAAGCAACGCGAGUUCAGCCUGAGCGGCAACUACCGCCCCCUCAUCGGCCGUUUGAUUGGCAAUCCACAAUACGCCGUCCGAGCGUAUCGCGAGGACACGGAGCAGAUGUACCCUACCGAUCUCGACUAUGCUCUGCACAAGAAGAACGCAGAGCGGCUUGCGAAGGAUGCGGCCAAAACGUCAACCGCCUCUGCUCCCCAACCUCAUGCUGACCCGGCAGUCAGGAGCUGGGCCCAUUUCUCCAAGAAUCCUGCUAUGUACGAUAAUGCCCUGGAUACCGCUUCACGCCGGCGGAAGGCUGAAGAUGAUCCCCCCUCGGUCGGGUUACCUGUCACCAAUGAGACCUGGGUUCAGACUGCCGUGGACGGCAAUGCCAAGCGCGUUAAGGUCGCGCGUCAUCAGCAGCAGCUCGAGACCCAGACGGAAGCCGACGUGCCUCCUGCCGACGUUCCCGCUACUGGUCCGACGAUGGAUGCCGACGAGCCGCAGGAAGACGCGAUCCGGACCCCCCUCGCGGGCGGUGACGGCGCGCCUCUUCAUGACGACGCACAGAAGAUCCCCCCAUCUCAUAUCAUCACCGAUGGCCCGUUCCCCAUGAUCCCCCUCCCCAAAGGCGCCAUACCGACCACUGGAAUUCGUGGUGUCUCCGACACAUACUAUGCCGAGACCGGCAAAAUCCCGUACUUCGGCCCGCUCCCGGCUGGGUUCCAGAUGCAACCGGUCGGCGGCGAUACGUCCGCGGGGUCGGUCCUGCAGUCGGCGGACAAGAGCGCUCCAUCCGGAACAAACAACGUCCACAAUCCGACCAACAAGGCCGAUAAUCAGGUCAGCAGUUCCAUGGCUGAUCCCGCCGCCACCUCCACAGUCAACGCCCAGGCGGAGGAUAAGAUGGGCUGGUACGGCACCAACCUGCCCAAGGUUCCCACUUCAACCGUAGCGAACACAAUAGAUGGCCAGGCCAACGGCGGCAACAUGGCUCUCGUCAAGGUUGGGGAGCCCGGUGACGCAACAUCCGACGCUGAAGUGAUCAACGGCGUUCCUGUGCCUAAGCUCCGCGAUGCAUCAGACAACCCUCUUUCUUCGGUGGAUGCUGGCAUUGACGAGGGCAGUAUUGACCCCAAGGCGGACAAGAUCGCCGUGAUUCUGAAGUUUCAGCUGAAGGCCAGCAACUACGCAACGAUCGUGCUCCGAGAGCUCAUGGGCACGACUGUCGAGGAGCUCGCCCAUUAA